AUGGCGCCCGAGCCCUCCGUCCCCAAGCGCAGACGCGGGCGGCCCUCCAACGCGUCCAAACUCGAGGUCGACGCGUCGCAGGAGCGCAACGAAGCGACGGAGGCAUACGACACCGAUGCGCCCGAUCAGAUGCGCCCCAAGAAGCGCGGCCGGCCGAGGAAAGCCGCAGCAGCGUCUCCGGAUGCUGAGCCGAGCCCGGCACCAGAGAGCUCCAGCAAGCCCGCGAAGAGGAGGGGAAGACCGUCAUUAGCGGGCAAAGGGAAAGAGGCAGACCGAGGGGUGGUUGCGAGCCCGGACGAAGCGACGCCGACGCAGCAGAAGCGGAAGCGAGGGCGCCCUUCGCUAAGAGCUCGGGACGUUGAAGGCGAAGGCACUCCAAGCAGCUCGCAAAGAAGCAGCGCUGCGCAAGAGUCGGAGGAAGAUCAGCUGCAAGGCAAGCCUUCGAAUCACAAGGCGGUGCCCGUCAAGCGGAAAAGAGGCCGUCCCUCUCUGCAGGCUCGACGGGAGGAAGAAGAGGCGACUCCGGAGCGCGGCUCAACAAGGGGGAAGCAACAGGCGCAACCACGAAAACGAGGGCGGCCAUCACUACGAGAUAUCAAUGCUCCGAAUGAGAUUCGGAAGAAGCCGAGCGAUAACACCAAGACGGCUGCCGAAAGCCCGCCACAAGCAGCAUCAGGCAAACGCCGCGGCCGCCCUCCUAGAAGCGGCAGAGCCUCACAAGAUUCACCUGCUCCCAGAGCAAAAAGGCCUCCCGAAGAUGAACCUGAGCCAGCGGCAGAUGCGCAUACACCAAAGAAGCAGCGCCGAUCUCACCAAGAUGCGGACCCCGAAGAAGACAACGACGACCUCCCCCCAUCCCCCGAGAAGCCCUACCCUCACAUCUCGCCUCACGUCCAUCGCGUCCGGCAGUCCACCAUUGAGUCGAAAUGGAGCCCCUUACCAGAGUCGACCAUCUCGGCCGCCUCCUCGAUGCUUGCCCUCGCACACCGGCCCAUCCUCCAGCGUCUCUCCAACAGUGAGCAGCGCCACAACCACACUUCCGCCGCGCUGCGCCUCGUGACGCACCGCAUCACGCGCAAGAUUGCGCGAGGCAUCCCCUUCCCCCCGGCAAGCAUGCCUUCGGCACGGGUUCCUCGCGGACGACAACAAGCAGCCGGCGCCGCGCCGGUCCCCGCCGCCGCUGUGACCGACGGCCGUGCUAUAGAGCUGGACUUUGAGAGCGUGCUGGACGCGAAGCAGGCUUUGGAGCGACAGCUCGAUCCGGCGCUUCACGCGGUCGAGCUGCUGGAGCGGGAGAAGGAAAAGCUUGAGCGGGAGCUUGAGAGGGACUACGAGACGCUGCGGAACCUCGAGGCCAGCGCAAAGGCCCAGGGGAGGGAGUAUCGCGGCCUGUUGAAGAAGGCGCACGUCCUUGCGCCCACGCCCGAGAGUGUUCUCUCGCAGAGGAAGAAGAAGGCGGAGCAGGACAUUUCGUUUAGUCACUCGGAACGCUCUCUCUCCGGGGGACUUUUCAGUAAUCUCGAAGAUCCUGAGCUCAAGGCACUCGCUCUCCAGCUCAGCGACCACAUGGAGAGCAUAAAGACCAAUCUCCAGCAAGCAGACGGGAUCGUGCCGCAGUUGGCGCGCAGUCGGGCCGCUCUGCAGGAUGUUUUGUUCAGGCAUUUGAGUCAAGAGCAGUAUGAGCGUGUGGUACUUGGUUGA